UGUGCACUUCCGUUUCCGGUGUGUCCUGGAGCCAUGGCUACCGCCAAAGAGGUGACGCUUCUGUUGACAUGCUGCAGAUGGUGCCGGAGCCUUCGAGGACCCCAGUCCCGAGCAUUCGCCGCCCUCGUGCCCGGUGUGUCCUACGUAGACAAUAAUUCCGAUUUUCUGGGGAAGAAGCCCCAUCGUAAGCAUCCCGGCAUCCUGCGUCUUCCGCACGUGCGGCUGCCGCAAGCACUGACUAACGCCGCGCAGUUACUGCUUCUUGAGAGACCCGUCCGCAUUACAGAGAAGCAGGUGCAGGCGCUCUCCAACUAUCUCUGGAGCCGACAUUUGCCGGUAGAGGCGGAGGAGUUGCAAAGACGAGCUGUGGACCUUGAGAAAAAAUUCUUGGAAAACCAAGACUCAGCUCAGACAGAGGAGAAACUUCGUGAGGCAGUACUGCACGCCCUGCGCCGGACCACCUACCAUUGGCAGAAGCUCAGCUAUAAUGAAGAACUGAGUCUGAUAUACAUGGCAGCAAGAUUGGACGGUGCUUUCGCGGCAGUUUUCAGGGCGUUCCAUGAGAUCCAGACUCGAGUUCCAGAGUUCCAGCCACAGACGCUGAUGGACUUUGGAUCCGGCACUGGUUCUGUUGCCUGGGCUGCUCACAGCACUUGGGGCCAGAGCCUCCGUGAAUAUGUGUGUGUGGACAGUUCAGCUGCCAUGUUGGGUUUGGCUGAAAAGCUACUAAAAGGUGGUUCAGAGUCAGGGAAGCCCUGUAUCCCCGGUGUCUUCUUCAGACAGUUUCUACCUGUGUCACCGAAGGUCCAGUUUGAUGUGGUGGUGUCAGCCUUUGCCCUCAGUGAACUGCCCAGCAAGACUGACCGCACUGAGGUAGUUCGGAACUUGUGGCGUAAGACAAGCCAUUUUCUGGUGUUGGUAGAGAACGGAACAAAAGCUGGGCACCGUCUGCUCAUGGAGGCCAGGAGCCUGGUGCUCCAGGAAAAAGAGAAGUCCCCUUUGGAUCUUCAGCCUGGCUUUGUCUUUGCCCCAUGUCCCCAUGAGCUCCCUUGUCCUCAGCUGACAGCCUCCAAACCCCUGGCCUGUAGCUUCUCCCAGGCUUAUCACCCUAUCCCCUUCAGCUGGAAUAAGAAGCCGAAAGAGGAAACAUUCUCUUUGGUAAUCCUUGCCAGGGGGUCUCCAAAGGAGGCUCAUCGCUGGCCCCGCAUCACUCAGCCUGUCCUUAAACGGCCUCGCCAUGUGCACUGCCACCUCUGCUGUCCAGACGGGCACAUGCAGCACGCUGUGGUCACAGCCCGGCGUCAUGGCAGGGAUUUGUAUCGCUGUGCCCGUGUCAGCUCCUGGGGAGACCUUUUACCUGUGGUUGCUCCAUCCCCUGCUGAAGAGCCCACGGAGAGUUGACAAGGAUGUGGAUGCAGAUGUAACAAGUGUUUUCUUCCAUCACACCUGCCAAGGCCGAGGCUACCUGGUGUCCAGGAAGACAGUGCUGGUACCCUGUGCUUGUUGUUUGAAAUUUUAAUAAUAAAUUUGUUAAGAACAGACGUGGAUGUCAUGACUUUUAAAGAUGUGGGGUCAGUUGUCCUGGCCUGUCUGCGAUGAAGAGAAUGCUGAGAUCUCAGGAGUGAGAGCCACUGCUACCAGACACUUCCUUGAAAGAUGGCUAAGGUUGUGGGGAAAGACACCUCAGGCCCUGUGGGAACUGGCUCAGCAGGUCCCAACCGGUGCUUAUGGUGUUUAUGUGGGCCUCUGAAGUGGGAACUAGCAGUUAGCUGACUUCUUUUACGUGUCUCUGCCGAGGUAACCACGUCUGGAGUUGGCCUGUGUUUCCCUCAAGGCUGGUCCCAUCUCCAGCCUUAUCUAGAUCUACUUAGAGUGCUUUUGUUUAUUUAGUUUGCUUCCAUUUUCCUGUUUCCUUUCUAGAACAACCUCGGUUCCCAGCAGGAAAUGGUAACCUUCAAACCCACCCUGAAGGCAGGCAGGGCCACUCACUAGGGGAUUCCGACCUAGAAAGGGAAAGGGCAAGCUGGUAACUUACGGGUUUUGAUGAAAAUCAAGGUUCUUGGAUUCCUU